CACACCGGCAGCAGCUCCCGGAGACAAUGGGAGAAAGAGAGAGAGAGACUGACGGACGCAGCAAACUGGACUGAAACAAGUGAAGGGAAGGCAGCAGCAAGCUGCAAGGUUUUAACCACAGAGCUAAGGACUCCAGGUCAAUCCCAUUGGACGGCUGCAACUGCCAGGAGGCCUGGUGGGACACAGCCAAAGGGAAGGACUUGUCUUCAGCUCCCCCGGCUGACUUAUUCAGGCUCCUCUACGUUAGGUGGAAAGGCAGUGAGAUUUUAACCGAGGGCAGACAGCAAGAUGCACACCUGAGUGCGACCAUUCUGUGAGAAACAGCUCAGGCUCACCAUCCAGAGAGCCACCGCUGGGGUCAGUGAGCAGGCUUUGGCUCAACUGAACAACUGGUGACUGGUCGUGGGGAGAAGCCGGGUAAGUGAGGGAGAUUCUCCUGCCCGGUCAAUAGCUGAGGCACCUCAGAAACUUGAAGUGCGGAAGUGGAGAGAUGUUGUAGUGAGGGGUGGAAUGGUGAGGUUGUGACAGGGAAGGUGGCACUCCCUCAGAUGGUGCGAGGCCCACGACGCUGCCCGCUUUAGAGGUUACCAUGACGCCAGAGGGGAAUGGCUCCGAGUGCGAAUGCGCGGUCUGCUGGAACCCCUACGACAACGCCUUUCGCACACCGAAGAUCUUGGAGUGCAAGCACACUUUCUGCCUAGAGUGCCUGGCCCGCAUGAGCCUGGCAUCCGUGCCGGAGAUGGAUCCGGGCAUGUCCUGCCCCCUGUGCCGACACCUCACACCCCUGGGUGCCGGGCAGUUGGUGACAGGCCUGCGCACAAAUGCAGAGAUUCUCGGCCGCAUGAGGCUGCAGCCUGUCCAUGUUUAUCUUGACCAUGGGCGCCUGUUCUACAAGGGUCCAAGCAAAGCCAGCUUCUUGCUGCGUCGGCCAACCGUCUAUACCCUUAGCCUGGAUGUGGAGCGAGAGGGCGGACCCCCCCUGCGCACUCAAGCUGCACCAGCCCUGGAAGACCGACUGCCCCAGAACACCAUGUGGAAAUGCUGUCAGAGCCCACCAUGCAGAACCGCCAUUUACAUCAUGAUCGCCACUUUUGGGAUCACAAUCAUUCUUGUCAUCUCACUCUUCUGGACUAAGAAAAUCCUAUGGGAUUUGGGCUGAGAGAAUCUCCUUGCAUUUAUUUAGCACUUUUCCCAUCCUCGGGAUGCCCUAGAGUCUUUUGCUCCUCGUGAAGUACUUUCUGUUUAGUUACUGUUGCGCUAUACAAACUGCAAUUUGGUCCCAGUAAGCUCCCUGAAAUAGCCAUGUGACAAAUGCCAGAUAAUCUGCUUUAACCACGUUGGCUGAUGGAUAGAUAUUGGCCAGGGAACUGGGAAGAAACCCCCUCUGCUUUUCUGCUUCAAUGGUACUGUGGAAUUUUCUACUGCUUGAGAGGGAAAACUGUUUCAUGUCAUGUCCAAAAGACAGCAUCUUUGCAAGCUCAGUAAUGCUUUUGACUGUCAGCUGGUUUAUGUGUUAAGUAUCUGGAAGAGGGAAGUCUUGAACCCAUAACCUUCGGCUUCAGAACGCAUGAGUUCCCAGCUAACUCAUAGCUGAUCCCUGACAGACACCAGCAGCAUUCCAGCGAGAUGGGUAGGCAUUCUCAUAAGGGGUAUCAGGUUGGUGUUUUGGUCUAAACUCGGCUGGUCUAUUCCUCACAGGGAGAGUCCCCAGUCCCUGCAAAUUUUCAGAGACGAAAUCCAUAUUAUCAUCAUUUCACAUGGACUCUCCUAAGGCCCAAAGUCACAGUGAGGUUACACAAGGUCAUGUGCUCUCCAUAGGUUAACGUGAUCAGAGUGUAGCACACAGACACAGGGAAGCAUUGUGACAUCAUCAUGUAUUACUCGUCUACAAAAUCACUCAGUGCAACUUUGAGCUGUGAUGGCACCGUCAAAAAUUGGGUAGAGGUGGUGAGGUGCCACUUGGAUCACGGUCAAGAAUCACAAUGACAUCUCAACACAACGACUUUAAAGUGGGACACCGAGGCAAUAUAUCUGUUCAAUAUACACCAGGGUACCCUCACAGCCCACUCAGGGACUGGUACAUACAUACUUAGUCAAACGUUAACCACCAUCCGACUGAAGGUCUACCUCACGAGCCCUCAUUUGAGUGGGAGUCUAGUGCACUGACCCAAUCCGACUGAGGGUCUAGUACACUAAGUGGCAACUGACUGAGGGUCUAGUACACUAACCCCCAUCCGAGUGAGGGUCGAGUACACUAACCCCCAUCCGAGUGAGGGUCGAGUACACUAACCCCAUCCGAGCGAGGGUCAAUCUCACCAAGCCGCAACCGACUGAGGGUCUAGUACACUAACCCCCAUCCGACUGAGGGUCUAGUACUCUAACCCCCAUCCGAGUGAGGGUCUAGUACACUAGCCCCAAUCCGAGUGAGGUUCUAGUACACUAACCCCAAUCCGAGUGAGGUUCUAGUACACUAACCCCAAUCCGAGUGAGGGUCUAGUACACUAACCCCAAUCCGAGUGAGGUUCUAGUACACUAAUCCCAUCUGACUGAGGGUCUAGUACACUAACCCCCAUCCGAGUGAGGGUCUAGUACAGUAACCCCAAUCCGAGUGAGGUUCUAGUAUACUAAACCCCCAUCCGAGUGAGGGUCUAGUACACUAACCCUCAUCUGAGUGAGGGUCUAGUACACUAAUCCCCAUCUGACUGAGGGUCUAGUACACUAACCCCCAUCCGAGUGAGGGUCGAGUACACUAACCCCAA